UCCACAGAAGAAGAAGAACCGACCUCAAUCACAUUCACAACUUCAAAUAGGCUAGCUACCUAGCUAGCUACUUGGCCAAAGCUCAAGGGGGGGUGAAGAGAAGUAUAUCAAGCUAAUUUAGCAUAGCUAAGUGAACUGUUCUGUCAUUUUCGGCGUUCAGCAUUAAAGGGCGAACUGUGGUCCUUGUUGGCACUGGCAGUGAGUCAUCUCUGUUGCUAGUUGUCAGUGGUAAGCUCGCUAGUUGUCUUUCGAGGUCAUCCUUGGCAGUGUGUAUUGAGUUAGCUAACGGUACAGCAAGGUCUUUUAGAGACACUAGUGUAGGCUUGACUAGGUAGCUAGCCAACUAGCUACACAGCCCGCUAACCAUUUAGCUAACUAACUUUAACUGAAAGUCGUCUCCAGUUGGAAAGAAGGAGACAUGAAGAGUCUUCCGUAUUUCUGCCGGGGGGAAGUCGUUCGAGGAUUCGGGCGAGGAAGCAAAGAACUAGGGAUUCCCACAGCCAACUUCCCAGACUCAGUGGUGGAGGACCUCCCUGACGACAUCAGCACAGGGAUCUACUAUGGCUGGGCGUGCGUGGGCAGCGGAGACAUCCACAAGAUGGUGAUGAGCAUCGGCUGGAACCCCUACUACAAGAACACCAAGAAAUCCAUGGAGACUCAUGUGAUCCACACGUUUAAAGAAGAUUUCUAUGGACAGAUCCUCAGUGUAGUCAUGGUGGGCUACAUCCGUCCAGAGAGGAGCUAUGAUUCGCUUGACGCCCUCAUAGCAGCAAUCAACCACGAUAUCGAGGAGGCCAAGAGAAACCUGGAGCUCCCAGAACACCUCAAACUCAAAGAGGACAACUUCUUCAGAGCCACCGCCAGCACGUCCACGACGACAUCCAACAAGAUCAUGAACGGCCACUGACCUCUGAGCACAUCACACAACCCAGUCUGUUGUUCGACAACUAAUGGGCUCUCCUGUCUAUUAUCCUCCGCUCUGUCUUUCUCUCUGUAAACACUACCACACCAAGGGACAAUAUGCCACUUACUCAGUCCUCUGUAGAGAUUUUGUUUUGAUGAUCAAAUCUGGGUAUCGUCGUAUCUGACCUGAAGCUACGUUUAGACCAUGGUCGUGUUCAUUAGGGCACACAACCAAAAAGUUACAAAUGUUUUCCAAUGGAGAACCAGUUUCUUUAUCGGACAAGUUUGGUGCCUAAUGAACACAACCCAGUUAAUGCAAGAUAAUGUGCAACUCAAGGAAGUGAAUGUGAUCUUCACGCGUGAUGCGGGGAACAAGUUGUCUCUCGUCACAAGUCCUGUACCAUCAAACCACUGCUAAUAGAAAUGAAUGGUCAUUUUGUAUUGGUUUAGAAUUGGAGUUUAGUCUCAGCUUUGCCCUCACAGUUUAUUCAUCCUUUUCAUAUUCAGAUCUAUUAAAAAUGUCUGCCUUGAAGCAGAGAAGUCCUCAACAUAUCUUGCAUGUGAUCUAGGCUAAAUAAUGGCAUUAUACUCAGCGCUGAAUUCAUGUGCUUUAUUUUAUUUGACGUACAGUAUGGCUAGUGUUUAUAAUAUAUUACUGUUUGUGUUUUCGUAGACCAAAUCUGUGAAUAAGAGUAUCUAUUCCCCGUCCCUACCCCCUCAAAUUCCGAGCUACACGGUUGGUUAGAGAAAAAGUCUGAAUGCAGCUUCAGUUUUCCGAUGUCCUUAAUUUGUGUAGUUCCUCAUUGGUCAAAUCCAGGAUUUUCCCUCCCCACCAAUGAGGGACAUUUUAUUUAACACGUUUUGUCAGGGAGAAAAAACCAAAUGGCACCACUUAAGUGUCUGUUGAAAGUUUCAACAAUGUAGUUUUUACUGACUUAACCGUGUUUGGACCCUAAUUCCACUGAGAUGAGCACUGAUAUGGUACAAGAGGACUAAGUCCAGGCCUCUGAUUCUCUACAGAUGGAUGCGGUGGGCAUGUUUUCUUUUUCAUUUCAUCAGAGGACAAAGUGGGCAGAGUGUGUCUAGAGCAUUCAUAUGUAGUGCUUUAUAACGGCUGUAAAUAGCCUAGUUGCUCAAAAUAAAUUGUGAGUUAAUGUGAUUUGAGAUGUACUGUAUUUAAGAGUGUAAUAUUGGCAAAGGAAAAAAUAUGGGUAUUUAUAAUAUAUUACUGUUUGCGUUUUCAUAGACCAGAUCUGUAAAUAAGUCUAUAUUCUCAAAAAGAAAUCCUGGCCUUUUCAUUGCAGCCGACCUUAAAUUCCCCCUCAUCCAUACUAUGCAGAAAAUGUACUGUAGUAAGCAAUUGAUAGAUGCAUAAGUGAAUUGAUACAAUGUCAUAUUGAAGGCUAUGCAAAUGGUAUGAGAUAAGCCUGUAGUGUCUAGCACCUAAAAGUCCAGAGGGAAGGUUUCUGGUUAGAACAGUGACUUGGAGCACCAGUUGUAGAAGAGGGGGCUAAUUAUUGUGUUCCCCAGACCUAUACGCCUGACUGGUAGGCAGUACUGUGCCUUAAUACCGUAGAGGGACACAUACACACACACAUAUCGUCGUAGACCAACAUAUACAUACAUUUUCUCAUAAACAAACAGCAGAAUCUGUGCUAAUUGAAACUCGGGGCACUUCAUUGUCUGUGACUAAUCUGACUUUCCCUAUCAUCAGUCUGUUGUGUACAAGCACCAGGGGAGAGGAUAGGUAAAACGUGGCAGUUACUAUGUGUAUUAUCUUGGCAUCUAGCCGUUUCAAGAAAUUAUAAGCAGUUAUUCCAUUAAACCAGUAUACUUUUAUCUUGUAACGCUAGCUAUCACUGUAGUAAAACACACAAUUCAAGAAGGGCCAUUUUAAUGUUUGUCUCUGUUUCUCCCAGCUCCAGUUUUCAGUCUGUAAUGGCAUUACUCUGAAGGCCAGUGACCGGUUCAUGAGGUCAGUGUACUCUGUGGUAAUUGUAUAAACAAUACAUAUGAUCUCAUCACUAAACAAGG